AACAGUGUGAUUGAACGACUGCUUCAAUGGCGACAACCAUUUACUAAAAAUACAAAUGAAAGUUGAUUCUAUCACCUAUUUUUUUUUUGUUUACUAAUAUACAUAUAUAUAUAUAUAUAUAUACCCCCUCUCUCUCUCUCUCUCUCUAAUUUCCUCUGUUUGGUUGAAUUUUUCACUCUCGUAUAUAAUCAAUGAUGAAGGCGGCGCCGCCGCGUAGACUGCAGAUUUUAGAGAUUUUCUUGGUAUUAUCCGCCGGAGUUUAUGGGUUGUCUCUAGCUCAGCCGCAGAGAAAUGCCACCACCCCCGUCACAGAUCCUUCUGAAGCAAGAGCUAUAAACGCAAUAUUCGCGCGAUGGCGGAUUAAGGCCGGGAAUGGAUGGAACAUAAGCGGAGAAUUAUGCAGCGGAAUCGCAAGCGAUGACGUCACCACCCUCGACUUUAGUCCUGGAAUCAAAUGCGAUUGCUCUUACAACAAUAGGACCACUUGCCAUGUCAUUUCUUUAAGGGUAUAUUCGAUGUCGGAUUGGGAUUCAUCGUCCAACGUUGUCGGUCAGCUCCCGCGCGAGCUCUGGAGUUUGACUUAUCUCACUUCUUUAAACUUGGCUCAAAAUUAUUUAACAGGUCCCUUGCCUUCAUCCGUUGGCAACCUAACUCGAAUGCAGUAUCUGAGCAUCAGCAUCAACGCGUUGUCGGGGGAGCUUCCCAACGAACUCGGCAAGUUAACUGAUUUAAGAUCACUGGCUGUUAGUACCAACAACUUCUCCGGUAGCUUACCACCCGAGAUUGGAAACUGUACAAGGCUAGAACAACUUUGGAUCGAUAGCUCUGGGGUUAGUGGUGCAAUUCCUUCGACAUUCGCUAGGCUACAGAAUAUGCAGAUUGUAUUUGCUUCAGACAAUGCGCUCACAGGCCGGAUACCCGACUUCAUUGGCAGUUGGUCACAGUUAACUGCCUUAAGAUUCGAAGGAACGUCACUACAGGGGCCGAUACCAUCGAUGUUUUCCAAUUUAACGGCUUUGACUGAUCUGAGAAUAACUGAUUUAUCUAACGGGAGCUCCCCACUAGACUUUCUCACAAAUAUGAAGUCUUUGACAACGUUAGUUUUGAGGAAUAACAACAUUUCCGGCUCUGUCCCUUCAAACCUCGACGGAUAUCCAAGUUUAUCUUUACUGGAUUUGAGCUUCAACAACUUCACCGGACAAAUUCCUGAUUCCCUUUUCAACUCGAGUUCCCUCGUUCACUUGUUUCUCGGCAACAAUAAAUUGACCGGUUCUCUGCCAUCACAAAAGACUUCACUCCUUCAGUUUAUAGAUUUGUCGUACAACGAAUUAUCCGGAAGCUUCCCUUCUUGGACUGACCAGCAAAAUCUUCAACUUAAUUUGGUCGCUAACAAUUUCACGAUCGAAGAUUCGAAUUCAAGUGUUCUUGCAUCAGGAUUGAAUUGCCUUCAACGAAACUUCCCUUGCAACAGACGAAAUCCCCUGUAUUCGAGCUUCGCGGUGAAAUGUGGUGGCCCACAAAUGAGAUCUGCUACCGGAAUCGUGCACGAGGCAGAUAACGGCACUCUCGGACCGUCAGCAUAUUACGUGACGAAAGAACGAAGAUGGGCCGUUAGUAAUAGCGGUCUCCCAUCUGGUAGCAGAAAUCCAGAAUAUACGAAUAAUUUCUUGACGUACAUUCCGAACACAAGAGAUCCGGAGCUUUUCCAAACCGCACGUGUUUCCGCUGGUUCGUUGAGAUAUUACGGAUUAGCCCUCGAGAAUGGUGGCUACAAUGUCACCCUCCAAUUCGUCGAGAAUAAAAUCGAAGAUCCCACUUCUUGGAAGAGCCACGGAAGGCGCGUCUUCGAUAUAUACAUUCAGGGAAAUUUGGCGGAGAAAGAUUUCGACAUACGAAAAGAGGCCGGAGCUUCACUAAGAGCGGUGGUGAAGGAUUUCACCGCACGUGUGACGGAAAAUCAUCUCGAAAUCCAUUUGUUUUGGGCGGGAAAAGGGACUUGUUGCGUGCCAGCCCAAGGUACAUACGGGCCUUCGAUUUCAGCCAUAAGUGUCACACCUGGAGAUUUCGUCCCGACAGUAAGUAACAACCCUCCAAACGAACCUGCCGGUAAGAAGAAUAGGACCGGCAUGAUCGUGGGGGUUGUUGUUUCUAUCGGAGCUGUAAUCUUCCUCUCGUUGUUUGCUGUUUAUUAUUCGAUCCAGAAACGAAAAAGGCAGAAGAAAUACGAAGACGAAGAGCUGUCGGGGGUCGAAACUAGACCGUACACUUACAGUUACGCGGAACUUCGAUCGGCGACCGAUGACUUUAGUACUGCUAACAAGCUUGGAGAGGGAGGAUUCGGACCUGUUUACAAGGGAAGACUGGAGGAUGGAAGAGAAGUUGCGGUGAAGAAAUUAUCGGUAGCAUCACGUCAAGGCAAAAACCAGUUUGUGGCGGAGAUUAUAACAAUAUCGAGUGUGUUGCAUCGUAACCUCGUAAAAUUGUACGGGUGUUGCAUCGAGGGAGACAAACGUUUGCUCGUUUACGAGUAUCUCGAAAAUAAGAGUCUGGAUCAAGCGUUGUUCGGAAGAAUUAAGAGUCCCCGGCUCGACUGGCCCACGCGUUUCGAUAUAUGCUUAGGAGUGGCAAGAGGGCUAGCUUAUCUACAUGAGGAAUCUCGGCUUAGAAUCGUGCAUAGAGAUGUGAAGGCGAGCAAUAUUUUACUCGACUCGAAAUUUAAUCCGAAGAUUUCCGAUUUCGGGUUGGCCAAAUUGUACAACGACAGAGACACGCAUAUAAGCACACGCGUCGCCGGAACAAUCGGGUAUCUUGCGCCGGAAUAUGCUAUGAGGGGUCACCUUACGGAGAAAGUCGACGUGUUCGGGUUUGGAGUCGUAGCUCUAGAAAUUAUUAGUGGAAGAGCAAACGCCGACUCAAGUCUCGAUCAAGAUAGGAUCUACCUACUUGAAUGGGCUUGGGAUUGUCAUGAAAAGAAGAGGGAAAUUGAGGUGGUGGACGAAAAUUUAUCAGAAUUCGACGAGGAAGAAGUACGAAGGAUGAUCGGAGUAGCGCUCUUGUGUAGCCAAACAUCCCCCGGGGCCCGCCCAUCCAUGUCCCGUGUGGUGGCGAUGAUUGCCGGAGAUGCUGUGGUCCCCACUGUGGUUUCCAAGCCUGGAUAUUUGACCGAAUGGAACUUCAGCGAUACGACGAGCACUAGUUUCGCUAUGGACACGAGUGGCAAUGCAUCGUCGUCGUUGACCACAACUUUGACCGCCGGUACCCCUCCAAAUUACGACUCUCCGAUUUGUGCUUCCGAGCCCAUGAUUCGUGGCGUUGGACAAGAAGGAAGAUGAAAAAAAUUGUUGGUUCUUGAGAUCAAAUUCUAUAUACUACUCCUUUUUUAAGUGUUAGACCCUCAUUUUUAUGUGAUUUUGUUGAAUUAUAUCGUAUUAUAUAUCAACUUUUGAAA